CAAACAAAACUUUAUGCAUCAUUGCAUGGGCUCAUGUUAGCUAGUUAGCUACAUGUGUGCUGAUCAACACAGGCUGGAGCCGUGGAUGCACAGAUGAACCCCGGGCAGAAUCAAAGCAAGCUUGACAACUAAAGUUUCCACGUUAAAUCGGGAAUUUCUCAUAAGAAGCCGUGUCAGCGAUGACAAAUAUAUUAUUUUCGCAUUCUGUGACUGGGGAUUAAACAGGUUACUAGCUAGCUUUGCAUUAUGACUCAAACUUUCAUUAUUUUACCUUAAAAUACCUUCAGUCAAAUUAGGACAGUCCCCCACUGUUAAUGUUAGCACAGCUAGCUUGCUACAGAAUAUGCACCUGUCACUGCUAGGUAACGUAUAUGAAUGGUGAACUAUGGCUAUCAAGAUCACCAGGAACUCGCUGUGGUUGCUGAAGAAUCUGGAUAAGAGUUUUGGCAGACCGACUGGAUUUAAUCAGUUACCUUGUUGCCUCAGACCCAAGCUAGCAAGCCUGCAGAACCCGUCUCUGACGGAGAGAGGCCGUGCUUGCUUCACCGAUGCGCGCAGUGACGUCUGUCUACGCGCACCUUGUCGGAGACAGUACUCUGAUCCUUUUAAGAACUGUCGUUUAAGAUGGGACAGACGAUUGUUUUGGGGGCAGCAAUAUGUUCUUGGUUCAGCGGUACACAGGACAGUCUGUGUGGCCACGAAAGUGCCAAAUCGGUUCUACUCGGCCGCUGCCGCCAUGCCAGUCGCAAAAAAGUCGCCGUUGCCAGGGAAACGGGCGCCCAAAGGACCCAGGACCAAGCAGCCGUCUCGAUCCAACCAGCCCUCGCCUAAUAUGGACACGGACAUGAUGCAAUGCAUUGCUUUUGCCACUGCGGACCAGUACGUCUUGCCGACUCUCAGCCACGAGCUGUCAGCCCAUGGGUUUUUAGAAAUGACAGAUUUGCCUAGAGAUGCUUCCAAUGUCCUUGUUAUGGGGACAGAAAUGGGUUCUAAGGCUAAUGACUGUGCACUGAUGUUUUUCUUCAGGGAGGGGUCUGUUGUCUUCUGGAAUGUAGAGGAGAAAACGAUGAAAAACGUGAUGAGGAUCUUGGAGCAUCACGAGGUGAACCCGUAUGAAGUAGCCCUGGUUCACUGGGAGAAUGAGGAGAUCAACUACACACUGGGGGAGGGAAACUCGAAGCUGCACCGUGGGAACUUCCUGCUCAACUGUGAGCUGGAUCAGGACCAGGCCGUGCUGGAGAAGUUCGCCUUCUCCAACGCUCUCUCCCUGUCAGUGAAAUUGGCCAUAUGGGAAGUGUCGCUGGACAAUUUCGUGGAGUCCAUUCAGUCCAUCCCUGAGAUGCUGAAAUCUGGAAAAAGGGUGAAGCUUUCUCGAGCAGAGGUGAUGCAGAAAAUCGGAGAGCUCUUCGCGCUGAGGCACUGCAUAAACCUGAGCUCUGACCUGCUCCUCACACCCGACUUCUACUGGGACCGGGAGAACCUGGAGCAGCUCUACGACAAGACCUGCCAGUUCCUCAGCAUCAACCGGCGGGUCAAGGUGAUGAACGAGAAGCUGCAGCACUGCACGGAGCUCACCGACCUGAUGCGCAACUACCUGAGCGAGAAGCACGGCCUGCGCCUGGAGUGGAUGAUCGUCAUCCUCAUCACCAUCGAGGUGAUGUUUGAACUUGCCAGAGUGAUCUUUUAAAAAGAUCUCUUGAAGGACAAAGAUGUGCCACAGGAAGACCCACAGACCGUGAUCAUUUGAACAAGGAACAAACAGACGAAGAUGCCCUUUGCCACAAUAUACCCCAACUCCAAGAUAUCGCAUCUUCGGAUUGAUGGCAUUACCUUGAAUGACAAUGAACAUUGAAGAGAUAUUCAAGAGCUUAAAUGAAUCAAGUCUGACUCAAAUAUGCUCAAUUUAUAUGCAUUUAUUGUUGUUGUUGUUUUUUAGGAACCUAAAAAAGAGCGUUGUCAAAAAUACCAUAUGUGCCACCCUUAACAACAGUCACACUUCUGAUGAAAUCUAUUGGCCACCUGAUUGGCUCAUCUCAAACCAGUUCCCCUUUCCGUGUCCUUCAGCUUAACGAUGUGAACCCUCAGCGGUGAUACUGAAGUAUUGAUUACGUACAGGGUUCUGGCAGAAUCCCGUGCCUAUUAUAGUAACAAACGCUUGCCUUCAAGACGCCAUAUCCUGUCUGAUCAUCGCAACGCUGCCCAGUUCCCUCGUCAAGUCAGGGAGAGAGAACCAGCGGCGAAUUUAAAAAGCCGUCCACAUGCCAGAACCUUAUAGUUGUUUCACCUGAGAUGUCUUCAGUAGUAACAACACAGCUGGCUUGUUCAGAUUGCCUUCUGGUUACACAGUCGGGAGGGGAAAGCGUCAAAGGAAUUUGUAUGCGAACGCAGGAGUGAAUUAAAUCUUGACGGGGGAAAAAAAAAAAAUUGGGUUCAAACUUUAAAUGAAUUCCAGCCGGUUUCUCCCUGGUUACCGUAAACACAGCUGAGCAUUUCUGAAGUCAUAGUCUGGAGAUUCAGUAAUCAUUUUUAAUUUACAGAAAUGAUUUGGCAUUACACGAUCAAAAAAAUAAAUAUAACGGUCUGGAAAGUUGAAUCAAGCACUUUUAUAAAUCUCAUUCCCUGGUGUUUGAAUGCGAGUUACAUUUUUAUGCAUAUCAGCAUUCCGAUCAACAGGGUCCCAAGCAAAUCUGAUUAAUGUUUUCCAUUGAUAUUCAAUUAUUAAAAAAAGAUAUUCAAAGAUUAGUUUUACUGUGGUUCCCUUCAAAUUGGACUGCUUAGUAGCGACUUUAGUGCAUAAACAAGUGAAGACCAGCUAAUGUGUUAGCGAUAUUAGCACACUGACAUGGCUGUACUUGACAAUAUGUGACGACCAGCUUGGGGAGUUGGCGAGGACGAUGGACAUAUUUCGCUCACUGUACAAGACGUUAGAAUGAAAUAUAUUUUUGGACGCAUUUCCAUGAAUUUCAAGGGAGAGCGUGCUAUUUUAUCACUUCAUGUGACUUUUUCACAACUUUUGAAGGACUUAAACGUGUAGAAUGUGAUCAGUUGUAUGGUGUAUGACCAUUGAAGUUAAAUCUUCUGUUUUUUUGUAAUAUAUGCUACACUUCUAUGUGAAAGCCACUUCCUGCAGACAUGUCUUAUGUACUCUAGAAAGCACAAACGGAUGGCUGUUCAGUUAUGCAGUAGAGUAUAAAUUCAAUAUUGCUGGAGAUCACUGCGCUCUUGUCUACUUUGUCUUGACCUUGAACUUUGAAUGUGUGCGUUACAUUUGUUGUUUGAAAUCACGUGAGC